AGGACCAUGGUGAACAAUGUAAGUGAACUCGUGGCACGCGAGUUACGUGCGUGUAGUCUCUGAACAUCACCCGGGCAAGGCAUCACAGGCUCACAGCAGCUCCAAAUCACGCUUUUGGGCUCACGGCGUGAAAGAGCGGCUAAACUAAAGCGUCUUGAUUCAAAAAUUAAAACCUUCUCCAAGUAAAGGUAACGAAAACCACGCCUUCUAGUCAUCAUCAUACCUGGACUUUCUGAGUUCUCGAGGAACAGAAUCGAAAAAACCCUUCUUCUUUUGAUUUGGGGCCAAAGCGAUCCCAUUACCGGAGGCAUUCCUCGCGACUUACCGGAAACAGCUUCGUCAAAAGUCAGCGGCGAGCAAGGAGGAAGAUUCCGACGAACUGAGGGAACGGGCUUCCCUCCUUCCGAUCGAAUUAAAAAUAUAGUCGUCGAUGAAAUUGAUCUUAUAUUCAAAAAAUUGGAAAUAGGCGCUAGGAUUUUUGUUAAUAUGGAAUCCGAAGGGCAACGAACACCUUCAACUCCAUCGGCAGUGCUGGCUUCUCUGUUAUACAAAAGAGCCAAUCUUCAUGAAGAGCUCCGUAACAUCGAGAAGCAGGUUUACGAUAUGGAGACCAGUUAUUUGCAGGAUCCAAGUCAGUGUGGCAACGUGUUGAAGGGUUUUGAUGGGUUUCUUACCAAUAAGAACACUACCCUCCUUAAGCGAUCCAGGAAAUUUCAGCCUGAAGAUAGAAUGUUUUCCUUAUCAUCUACUACCUCCCCAGCUGUAUGUAGCCAUAUCACCCUUGCACUGAUAUAUCUUUGUCAAUUUUUAUGCUAUAAAUUAUUCUGGCUGUGUCACUUUUCUUGCACUAUUCAAGCUUUAACUCUUUGUUAGUGAACAUAAUGUUCAAUCUCAAAAGCAAGCUUUGCUUAAAAAUGAUACAUGUAAUUUAUCCGUCAGGAGAAUUUAGGGAGAAAGAUUAUUGGUACCUGGUUACAUGUGAUGUUUUGAAUAUCUGCCAAAUCUACUUUAUGCAGAUUUAGAUCAAUAUAAUGUUCUAUCCUUACCUCAGAGAAAUCUAGUUGGAGUGUUGUCUAGGGCCUGCGUUUGUUAUAUGUUCUACCACAAAUCUUUCAAAUGCGCCGAAGGCUCUGGCUACGAGGAUUAGUGUAAAUUUUUCCUCAUUAAGAAUAUUAUUUAGACAGUAUCUGUUUAAUUCUCACUAAGAUAACAAAAUAGUUUGUUUCGGCCAUAUUAUGGGGCAUGCGUGAUCAAAUUUCCUUCUUCACAACAAAACUCUAAUGAGUCUCACAAGCUUCUGAUCUGUUUCACAGGCUGAAGAACAAGCUGCUGGACGAGAAGUUGGGGGAAUAUACUCAAAUGGCCAGUGAGUACUUCAUUUUUUCCCCCUGUUUGCUUAAGUAGAGUUGUAUUAUGUCUGCGCAACGAAAACCUUCGCCAAGUUGGAAACUGAUUUGGGUACAUUAUGGUACCUUUGUAGGGGCAAGCCAAAGAGGGGAAGAGGGGGUUAUAGAGAUGCAAAGAGAAUCAGGCAAUCUAGUGAACCGGAUUAUGACUAUGAAGAGGAUGCUGAUUUAAUGUAGCAUGUUAAUCUCCGGCUAAUGGUGACUGUAAAUUGGUUGAUUUUGCUCGAUGUUACACCUUUUUCCCAUUCCUUUCUAACCGAGAUGAAAAGGAAGCAGUCUCGGCAGUCCGAGGUUAAAGUAGACUAGCCUUGUUUGUACAUAUAUAGAUAUACCUCAUGACUUACAUUUAAAAAGAGAGAUUUAUUAGGGUGGGAGGUCAUCUUGCCUUGUCAUGGGAGGAAUGACAUUUUAUCAAUUAUCUGAAUCAUACAAAGAGCGGCAUUUUCAGUUGUCUUCUUUCUGAGAAAUUUUUGAUAGUGUCCAUUAUCCUUUAU